AUGGCUGAAUACUGGAAGUCCGCACCGCGCUUCUGGUGCAAACAGUGCAAGAUCUUCAUUCGCGACACACCCUUCGAGAAGACUCAACACGAAGCCAGCCCCAAACAUCAAGGCAGCCUCAGGCGAUUCCUCAACCAAAUCCACAAGGAUAAUGAACAACAGCAACGGGACUCCAGCCGAGCCAAAUCUGAGGUCGAGCGAUUAAGACAGGCUGUGAGCGGGUCUACGGAGAAAGCUGGCGCGCCGCCACCGAAACGAAAUGCGCCGCCAGCCCCCAAACCCGCACCAAGGAUGGCCACUGCCGAAGAGCGGAAGAAACAGAUUGCGCAGCUUGCAGAAAUGGGAGUCGCCGUCCCCGAAGAAUACAGAGCUGAUAUGGCUUUAGCAGGAGAGUGGCAGACUACCUCAGAGACCAGGGUCGAGCCUCAGCAGGGAUUAGAAGGUCCUACCAAGUCGAUUGGAGUACGCAAGCGCAAACACGAGGGUGAAGACGAAGAGGAUGAGCCUGCGCCAGAAAUGGUCGUUAACAAAAGUUGGGGCUCGCGGUUAAAACAAUACCCUGGUGCACAGGACGAUCGCGAUCUGGACGACUUGCUUGCAUCUGCCAAGGAUAUAAAAAUGACCAAGACGUUCACACCCAAGCCUGAAAUCGUUGAAGACGAGACAACCCCUGGGGAACCCGCCUCCGUCGCCAAGAAAGAGAAUGUCCCUCCCAAACUCGAGCAACCAGUGAAAGAGGAACCAGGCUCACAUUCCGAGGCAGCUGCAGACACAGCAACUACAGAGAACCCCCCGAGUGAAGACGUUACACCUAGUGUUGUUUUCAAGAAGCGCAAGGCAAAAACCAUGAGGAAGUAA